AUGGCGAUAGGUCAGCGGAGAUUCCUAUUCAUCGCGGUGGACUACUUCUCAAAGUGGGUGGAAGCUAAGCCGCUCGCGAGAAUAACUGAGCAUAUGAAGCUUAGAGAGUGGUGUGAAGGCUAUGGCAUCCAGCAGGCUUUCACCUCUGUGGCCUAUCCCCAGAGCAAUGGGCAAGCGAAAGUCGCCAAUAGGGAAAUCCUCAGAGGGUUACGGGCUCGGUUCUACCACACUGGAGGUAGCUGGAUUGACGAGCUCCCUAGUGUGUUGUGGGCCCUUCGUAUGAUCCUAAAUGAGGGGACCGGUGUAACUCUUUUCUACUUAAUAUACAGUGGUGAAGCAGUCGCCCCUGUAGAUGUUGGAGUGGAAUCCGAUCGGGUGCGGUUCUAUGAUGAAGGAAACACCGGACAAAGAUUCAUGGAGCUCGACUUGGUGGAUGAGACACGAGCUAAAACAACCAUUUGGCUAAUGGCGUACCAACAACGGAUGAAGCAGAACUACAACCAGAGGGUAAUCCUGAGGUCUUUUUAG